AUGGGAUGCCAGCUGUCGCUGUUUGGCGUGCUGCUCACGUAUGGCCUCCUACCGGCUGGAGAUGAACACCACGGCAUCGCUAUUGCCAAACAGCUGGAGCAAGUACUGGAGCAAGCGCAAGAAGAGAAUUGGCGCUUUGGUGCAAUCAUCACCGACAACGCUGGGCAGUGCGGCCGCGCACGUCGAAUAUUAGCGCUUCGCUGGCCUAACAUUGUUUUAUUUUUAUUUUCAACAUCAGUGAAUCUUUUGAAUGCAUCAUCUAGCAAAUGGCUACCACGUGCACGACGGAUGAUGAAGAAAUGUUACGGGAAAGCACUGGGACUUCGUACACUUUGUGAAACAAGAUGGAAUUCAAUGCAAGGAUGUUUUGCAUCUCUGUUGCGCGCUCAAUCGGCUCUGCAAAUGUUCUUUUGUCGUUACAAAAGCUACACCGACUUCCCGACCCGGUUGCAAGCCUUCGGCGAUCAUCUGUUUUGGGAUGAGCUUAAAGAAGCUGAAGCUGUAAUUGCACCACUAUCGUACGCGUCCUAUCGGCUACAGCGCGAUGAAAAUACGCUUGGUGACGUUGUUUUGUCAUUUCGCGAUAUCCGCAGAGGUUUUCAGGAGCAUUUUGUUCGCUACAGUGCGCUUGUAGAGUGCGUCGAAACCCAACUUCCCAAUACUGCUGUGUCUGGAAUUGGAGCAUUGGACAAGGCAGUCGUGUACUACUACCGUCGGCUUUUUAGCACUGAUGAUAUCGGCCAGAUAAGGCGCGACAUGGUGGCAUGGAUGAAAGGCCGAUUUACAAGACAGAAGGCUAGUGACAUUUUGCCAUAG